UUGCAUCAAUUUACCUCAACCUAUGUGUUUUCAUUUUCUCCUACCACUAACUUCACCAUCAAUAACGUAGCUGAGGUGAUGUUUGGCUCCAUCCAGCGGUCAGGAAGGGAACAAGUUCCGUCAAGUCAGCGGUCAACAUGCGAAACAGGAGGCGGAAAACAUUCACAUUGGUUUCACAUCCUUUAUCGAUUAUCUCACAGCAACUUGACAACAGAAACCGGCUUUAUCUCCACUGUCUUUAUAGUUACUGUAUGUCCUGAGGUAAACUUUAGCCGACUUGGUCAUAAUCAUAAAAUGUCAGUAUUGAAGUACGGAAAGUAGCAAUGGCGGCUAAAGACCCAAAGAUAGUUAUAGUAGGAUGCGGAAUCUCAGGUAUAUCAGCGGCUCUCAGGCUCUUUAAAGCUGGGUUUCGUCAUGUGCGGAUACUCGAAGCGACUGAAAACACCGGAGGACGAAUAAAAACAGCCAAACUGGGUAGUACCAUUACAGAGAUAGGUGCGACUUACAUCCACGGUCCGUCUGAGGAGAACCCGUUGUUUUGUCUGGCUCGUGACUACGGCCUCCUGGAUCCACAGGUCCUCACCCCAGAGAACCAGGCCAUGGAUGUUUAUGAAUAUCCUCCCUGGGUUGGCAACUGGUUCAGCAGUUCAGGUCAGAGGCUGAGUGCUGAAAGCAUGGAUCCUGCUCUGGAGAUGUUUCUUGAGCUAACAUAUGAUACUCAUCCAUCUGAGAAUCACGAAGAAUGUGCCAGUGUUGGACAUUUCAUACGAUCACAGGCUAAGCUACGGACUGCAGAGAAGUGGAAAGACAAGGAUGAAGCCACGAGGCAGCUGCUACUGUGUGCACUCAGCACCAUGCUGAAAUUCGAAUGUUGUGGAAGUGCGACUACCUCCAUGGAUGAGAUAGACCUGGCGGGAUUUUCAAUGUACAAGGAUCUAAGUGGAGUGGACUGCACAUUCCCAAAUGGCUAUGAAGGCCUAAUCCAGAGCUUGAUGUCGGAGCUUCCCGCUGAUUUAGUGACCUACAAUUGUCCUGUGCGCUGUGUCCACUGGAACGACAAAGAGAGCGGAGAAAAUACCGUGACAGUCGAGUGUGAUGAUGGGAAGAGGAUUGCUGCUGAUCAUGUUAUUGUCACAGUGCCUCUAGGAUACCUUAAGAAGCACCAUUCAACCUUGUUCUGUCCUCUUCUCCCGGCCCACAAACUGCACUCCAUCCAAAAAAUAGGAUUUGGAACCACGGACAAAAUAUACGUUGAGUUUGAAUCUCCGUGGUGGGAUGCUGACUGUGAGGUCAUCUACUUGGUGUGGAAAGAUGAGGAGGAUAUUUCGGACCGUGUGUCUGAUAUAAGCAAAUCCUGGAUCAAAAAGAUAUCUGUGUUCACUGUAAUCAAACCUUCUGAAAGCCACAUUCUCUGCGGCUGGAUUUGUGGGCAUGAGGCUGAGUAUAUGGAGACACUUCCUGAGGAUGAAAUCAGGCGUUCCAUCACCGAGCUCGUCCAUACAUUCACAGGAAACUCUGCCAUCACACCGAAGAGAAUCCUGUGCUCCCGCUGGUUUAAUGAUCCCUGGACAUGCGGCUCCUACUGUCACCCAGCAAUAGGCUGUUCAGCACAGGACCUGGAGCACAUGAUGGAGCCCCUGCCUCCAAAGGGAGAAAAGUCGCAGCCCCUGCAGGUGCUGUUUGCAGGAGAGGCGACUCAUCCCUGUUACUACUCCAGCGUCCAUGGAGCCCUGCUGACUGGGUGGAGAGAAGCUGAUCGGCUCAUCACUCACUACUCCUCUAUCAGUCCUUGUGGCGACUCAAAUCAGAAGCUCUAAAAGAUAAACUUGCACUCAGCACACAUUCCUGUCUUCUCAGUGUCUUUUUAAAGUUGUUGAAAGUGCUGUGGGUUGCUGAACACUGCAAGAUUAAAAUGGGGAAAAUGGGUACGCCAUGAACAAGAAGUGUAAUAAUCAGACUUCUGCAGCCCAGCCCCUCAUAUAUGUUUCAGGGUAGAGCCUUGAUGUUACUACUUUAAUGCACCCAAAUCUCCAGCUGGUGGUUGAGUUGCAUUCUGGGUAACAUCAGUGUCUGAUUUUGAGCAAAAAAGAAAAAUGUGUGGAACAAAAUCUGUCCAACAAAAGUACAACAAUACUAUUAGCAACAAUUUUAGAAGAAGUAUAAGCAUAAAAUACAAACAAGAUGACUACACACAAUAGAUCAUUGGCAUGCAAUAAAAAAAGACUGACAAAGACAAUGUCCUGUCUCAGUUAAAUGAUUAGGUUAGGGCAAAGUCAAUAGUUGAUAUCAGGUCUAAGCGAGGUUAAGCACAGGUAGAGGCCAAAAGUCGGCAGGUAAUUCAACCUGAAAGACAUAGUAGAUUAUAUACAGUAGAUAAUCUGGCAGGGAAAGUUUGAAACUGGGUCAGUGUACAUAUUGUGGGGUUUAUGAGGGACAGCUGAGUGGAUGAAUGUGUCAUUUGUCUGACUGGGAGUACUGCAGGGCAGAUGAGGGCCUCUGCCUGGAAUGACACAAAAGUUGGGAAAACAGGCAGACAUGAAUAUAAUAAUCCAGCAGAUACUGUGACAAAAGGAAAAAGUAUGCUCGAGAAGAAAAUAUUCUAGAACUUCUAAAGCUCCCAAAGAAAAUUCUGGUGACAAAAACUGCACAAUGCAUUCCCAAAUAUGCUGUAUGCCAACAGUUUUAGAGGCCUUUCAGAACAAUGCAAGACAGCACAUGAAUUGGAUUGAUUGAUUUCCCAGUAAUUACAAUUAGUACAUAUAAUUUGACCAGACUCAGCAACACUGAAUCAUCAGUGUCUUACCUAAUUUACAUCUGUCUCAAAUAGCUGAAAUUAAUGGAAAUAUCUACUUCUUGAUGUUCGUGAAUAAAUAACACUUGAGUCCGUGACAAAAACACCUUGUAGUUAUUUUGUGUUAUAUGUUUUUUGUGUGAGUAAAAUAAUGUUUAAUGGAAUUAUUUACAAAUUUAAGCAUCUAUAUUUGUGACAUUGAAAUGUAAUUUGUUGUUUAUUCUUAUGGAAAUUAAAUUGCUGCAAUAGA